AUGUGGAUCUUGCCUCGGCCCACCUCCGUGGCCUUCUCCGCCCUGUGGGUUGUGGUGGAGGAAAACGAGUACUUCAGCCUCCUCGAAAACAAGACCUCGAGCAAGGCCAUCAUUGGCACCGUCGCCAGCCUCUUUCGCAGGGUGGGAAAUGCAGCUCGAGACGGGCUGGCGGGUGCGGCAGUAUCCGAACCCUUGCGCUACCGCAUCGUGCUACGGGACGACGAACACCACGCCCUCGCCCUUGCCGACGAGUGGGACGAGAUAGAGCGGGACUGGGAAUGGAUCAAGGUCAUGCUGCUGCCCCGCCUCGUGGGCCUUGAGAUGGGCCACGCCGACAAGCUGCGCUACAUUCUCGACAAGUUCACGGCGCGCUGCAACGAAGUUGGCGAGGAAGAACUCAAGCGCCAGAGCGACAGCCGCCACUACCAGAAAAAAUUUGGGCUCGCCCAGGAGGAGCUCGUCGCCACCUAUUUCUGCUCGCUCUGGCAGGAGGGGUUCGUGGGCACCCAUCGCACAGGCACGAUGUGGGUGUCGGCCAACUACAUCUGCUUCGACUCGCGUCUCAUGCGGCAAAAGUUCGUGAUCGCGUUCCGGGACGUGGUCAAGAUCACCAAGGGCACCUCCCAUUUUGGGGUCCUCGACUCCUCCCUCUCCAUCCACACCAAGCAAGGCGAGGAGUACUUCUUCUCGACGCUGUUCAACCGGGAGGAGGUGAUGACCCUGCUGGAGCACCUGUGGAGCAGCGCCCUCGACCGGCUGCUGUCCUCGUCGUCGAGCGCUACCGCCUUCAGCUCCCCGCAGGCCCAGCCCGCCCCCGACAUUUUCGUACCCUUCGUCUUCCCUCCCGACACGCCCUCCUCUUCCGCUUCCUCGUCCACGACGCCCGCCGCCAUCGCCACCACCACGACCACCAGCACCGCCACCGCCACCACCAGCACCAGCAGCGGCUCCUCCUCGCCCGCCGCCUCCACGGGCGCCUCUCCUUCGCCAGGCGGCGGUGGCGGCGCGCAGCAGCCCAUGGGGCGCAGCGGGGACCUGCUGCAGCUGCUGCUCGAUAACCCCGAUCCGGGCAAGUCGCCCGGGUCUCCGCCUCUCUUCUCUCCGCCCUUUGCUCGGCGCAGCCUGGCGAGCAAGGGAGAGCUCACGCGGCGGAGAAACGCGCAGGGCAUCCUCUCCCUCUUCCGCUUCCCCGCCCACGAGGCCCCCAUCGAAGAGCAUGGGUGCAGCCUUUUGUGGGACGGGACCUACCUGAAGGGCCAGUGCUACGUCUCCCGCUCCUUCCUCUACUUCCGGUCUACGAAGGGGAGCGAGGUGCGGCUGACGCUGCCGUGGGCGAGCAUCGACGGGAUCGCCAAGGACAACCCCUACAAGUCGGCCAUCAGCGUCAUCGCACACGACAAGCUCUGGGAGCGCCUCGCCCUCCCCUCCACCCCUCGGCAGUACGUGUUCUCCUUCGUGGGUACGCCGCGCGCCGCCGAGGUGAUGGGGGGCAUCGUCACGCGCUGGAAAACGCUUAUGGGGCUCCCCAUCGGUACCGCCUCCUCCUCGUCGUCGUCGUCGACGCCGCCGCCGGUGACAUCGGUGACGACUGCGUCGUCGCUGCUGGCCGGCCUCUCCUCGGAGCUCGCCCCCACGGAGGACACGCGGCAGCGCGAGGGCGUCGAAGCCCACGAGGAGAGGGAGGCGGAGCACACGGACGACGAGCCGGAGGUGCUGCGGGGCCAGGGCCAGCUCAAGCGCUCCCUCCACGCUCUUGCCGACCGCCACCACCAGGAGUCCGAGCUGGAGGAACAGUGGCGAGCCUACUUCGAGCUGUACGGGAGCGGGGCCUGCAUGAUGAUCACCCCCGAACUCAAGCACCUGGUCCGCCUCGGCAUCCCCAACUCCAUGCGCGCCCAACUGUGGCGGCUGUGUUCGGGGUCGGUGUACUACCAGCUGGCGGAGCCCCACCUCUACGAGCGGCUGCUGGCCGACAACGCCGGCGUGGAGUCCAACGCCACCGAAGAGAUCGAGCGGGAUCUGCACCGCAGUCUGCCGGAGCAUCCGUUCUUCCGGCGGGCCGAGGGGAUCGAGGCGCUGCGGAGGGUGCUCACGGCCUACUCGUGGCACAACCCACACAUCGGGUACUGCCAGGGCAUGAACAUCGUGGCGGCCCAGCUGCUGCUCCACAUGGAGGAGGAGGACGCCUUCUACCUCCUCGCCACCAUCGCCGAGCAGAUCGUGCCCCAGUACUACCACACCGAAAUGGUCGGGAGUCUGGUGGACCAGCAAAUUCUGGAGGAGCUCACCAAGAUCUACAUGCCGGAAGUGGUGGAGCACCUGGAGCGGGUGCGGAUACCGCUGAGCCUGGUCUCCCUCCCGUGGCUCCUUUGCCUCUUCAUCGGCGCCCUCCCCGAGUCG